UUUGCCCCGCCCCGGUGACUCAACGCCGCCAAGAGUAAAAAGUCAGGACGGUCCACCCUCCCAAGAGUAGAGAGAGAGACAAGAGUGAGUCCCCGCACACCCCACGGGCGGCAGGGACGAUCCAGAGCGCCACGAAAGACACUGUUGCUUCCGGAUGGCUCUGCAGGCCGUCACCCCGCGGCGGCUGGGACAGCGAGCGCCCCGCGACAGCACGGGGCAGCGGGGACAGAGCCCACCGGCCGCCUCGGGCUCCCGAGCAGGGCGCCCCCCUGGUCCCAGGCCUCGGCUCCGGGGGCCCUUGGCUCUCAUCUUUGUCGUCCUGGGUGUCCUGCUGUCGGUCACAGCUGCCUCAACCAUGCCCACAGGGAAGGAUGGAGUUCACCAGCAAUUAACUGCCCCACAGGGAUGGAGGCAGAACUUCUGGGAGUUGUGUCCACCAGGAUACCAUGUAUCAGAAGGUGGAAAAAACUGUAUAUCCUGUACAAAUGGAGUGGACUUUACUAAUCACUGGAAUAUGCUCCCUUCCUGCUUACCAUGUACAAUCUGUAAAUCAGGUGAAGAAGAGAGGACCCCUUGCACGGCGACUAAGGACACACAGUGUCAGUGCAAACCUGGAACUUUCCAUGAAGAAGACUCACCUGAGUUCUGCCAGAAGUGCAGCACUGGGUGCCCUGAUGGGAUGGUCGUGGCCAAGUCCUGUAACCCCUUCAGUGACCUCAAAUGUGUGGACCAAAAAUCAGGUACCCAGGCCAGUGGGGAGGCCCCGGUUCCUGGAAAGACAGUGACCAUGCGCCGGAGACUGCCCACCACUCCCUCUCCCUCCUGGGGCACUUCACAGCUGGGGAUCGGAAUUGUAGCUGGAAUUAUAGCUGCCUGUGUCCUGCUGCUGGCGCUGAUCGCAUAUGUUUUCUGGCGGUUCUUCGUUCAAGGUUACGGUGUGGACCCUAAGUGCAUGGACAGGGUCUUUUUCUGGUGCUCAUGUCCCCCAAGAGGUCCUGGGGCUCUGGAUAAUGCCCACAACAACAUGCUGAUCAACAGAGAUUUGCUGUCCAUUCUGGUGGCCAAGAAGGACCUAGAAGAUCAGGAGCAGGACAAGCUGACAGGUGUCAUGGUACAGUCUCCGGUGGAAGAGAAGCAUUUACUGGAACCAGCAGAAGCUGAAGGGUCUCACACGAGAAGAAGGCUGCUGGUUCCAGCAAACGGUGCAGACCCCACUGAAAGUCUGAGACUAUUCUUCGAUUACUUUGCAACCGCCGUGUCCCCUAACUCCUGGGACUCACUCAUGAGGCAGUUGGGCCUCACGCGAAAUGAGAUCCUUCUGGCCAGAGAAGCGGUCCGGGUCCCUCGGGAUGCCUUGUAUGAAAUGCUAGAGACCUGGGUCAGCAACAAGGGACGGGAGGCCUCAGUCAACACCCUGCUGGAUGCCUUGGAAACACUGGGGGAAAGACUGGCAAAGCAGAAAAUUCAGGACCACCUGCUGGAGUCGGGAAAGUAUGUCUAUGAAGAUGGUGAAGCAGGCUCUGCUGUGUCCUGAGUCUAAAAGAAUCUCUUUAUGAAACUACAGCUUCCCUACUUUACCUUUUCUUCUGGAAAGGGACACAUGAUUGGACACCAGCCUGGAUGAAACAGCCGGUACUUGACCAAUACUUGAAAGACCACUAUCAUCUGAUAUAUGCAGAAGUUGUAGAGUUCUAGAACUUUUCAAUAAAACUGGAGUCAUUUUUAUGAAAUAUCAUUGAUAAAUGAUGGUGGAAAUAUUUAUAAAUAUUUAUGCUUGUGUAUGCACUGAGAAUUGAUUUAGGAUGUCAUUUAGUUCAGAGCACUUUGUCAUCCUACCGGAAUUGCAUGUUUUACUUGUAUUUUUUAUGAGAUCCACCCAUGUUAUGUGUGUACUUAAUUGUGUCUAAUGAUGACUUAAUAUUUUAUGAUAAGCAUCUUCCAUUUUAAUAUAUUUGUAUAGAUUUAUAUGAACGUGGGAAACCUUUUGGAAAGAUUGCUUACUAGGUUGACUACGUGGGUUCCCUGGAUGGGAGCAGGCAACCAUAAAAUCAGUAAAACUACAGAGCAGGUAGGAGGAUGAAUCCCAUUGCAGUGGGAGGCACUGGUGAGAUCAAUUCUCCCUCAUAUGGGAGUUUGACUUUGUCUAGGAUUAGAUGACCAGCAACUUUUAAAAUGUCCAUCAUUUCCAACUGACAAUUUUAUAGGUGUGGGAUUAUUUAUAUUAUUUAUUGGUAGAUGUUUACAAAUGAGGAGAGAGUGAGGAGAAGUGGCAUCCACAUGCAGCCCUGUGUCUGCUAUCCAUGAACUGGGCUGUCAUGCGCGGGCCUCCUCCUGUUCAUCGGUGGACCUGAGUGGGAAGGGUGGGACAUGGGUGGGACACGUGAGUGUCAAAUAGCUUCUAUGUCAUGUGCCACGUCUGAUUUUGUUAGUGAACCUUCAGUUCUAUCUGGGCUCCAGGGAGAGAGGACAGGGAUCUGCUCCUAGUGUCUGCCAUGGUCUCUGGGAGGAAGAGUGGACAGUGCUCAUGGGUUGUGUUCAAUGUUGGCUGACUCGGCACUAGAUGAGCCCUCUCACUUACGGUGGUCUGUGACUCUGAGUCCCAGAACAGCCUUUUUAGGGUACAGAUUCCAAAUACGAGGAGCUUAGUGCCUCUGUAAGCAUCCCACUUCUGCAUGAAAGGGAACACAUGAACACAAAUUGUUUUUUUCUUUUUACCAUUAGAAUGUAUAUAUUUUUUUAAUUUUCCAUUUUUAAAAAUUGAAGUAUAGUUGGUUUACAAUAUCGUGUUAGUUUCAGGUACCAAUUCUUAAAACUGUGAGAAUUGGGCCUAAAAUGGCUGGAACUUUAGAGUUUUGUUCUUGUAUCACUUUCUCUUGCUUUUUUAUUUGUACAAUAUUAUAUAAGUUACAGGUAUAUAAUAUAGUGAUUCACAAUUUUUAAAGGUUAUACUCCAUUUAUAAUAACCAUAAAAUACUGACUGUAUUUCCUAUGUUGUAUCCUUGUUGCUUAUUUUAUACAUAAUAUUUUGUACAUCUUAAUCCCCUACCCCUAUAUUGUCCCUUCCCUCUUCCCUCUCACCACUGGUAACCACUGGUUUGUUCUCUGUAUCUGUGAGUCUGCUUCUUUCUUGUUAUGUUCACUAGUUUGUUUUAUUUUUUAGAUUUCACAUAUACGUGAUAUCAUACAAUAUUUGUCUUUCUCCAUCUGACUUAUUCCACUUAGCAUAAUACCCUCCAAAUCCAUCCAUGUUGCUGCAAAAGGCAAAAUUCAUUCUUUGUCGAUGGCUGAGUAGUAUUCCAUUGUCUGUAUAUACCACAUCUUCAUAUCCAUUCAUCUGUUGAUGGACACUUAGGUUGUUUCUGUAUCUUGGCUAUUGUAAAUAAUGCUGCUAUGAACAUUGGGGUACCUGUAUCUUUUAGAAUUAGUGUUUUUGUUUCCUUUGGACAUUUACCCAGUAGUGCAAUUGCUGGAUCACAUGGUAGUUCAUUUUAGUUUUUUGAGGAACCUCCAUACUCUUUUCCACAGUGGCUGCACCAAUUUACAUUCCCACCAACAGUGUAUGAGGGUUCUUUUUUCUCCACAUCCUCAUCAAGACGUGUUAUUUAUGGUCUUUUUGAUAAUAGCCAUUAUGACAGAUGUGAGGUGAUAUCUCAUUUUAGUUUUGAUUUGCAUUUCUCUGAUGAUUAGUGAUGUUGAGCAUCUUUUCAUGUACCUGUUGGCCAUCUGCAUUUCCUCUUUGGAAAAAUGCCUAUUCAGGUCUUCUGCCCACUUUUUAAUUGAGUUGUCUGUUUUUUUUCUUUUUGAUAUUGAGUUGCAUGAGCUAUUUAUACAUGUUGGAUAUUAACCCCUUAUUUGUCAUAUCACUUGCAAAUAUUUUCUCCUAUUCAGUAGGGUGUCUUUGUUUUGUCAAUGGUUUCCUUUGCUGUGCAAAUCUUUUAAGUUUAAUUAGGUCUAUCUGUUUAUUUUUGCUUUUGUUUUCUUUGCCUUAGGCAACAGAUCAAAAAAAAUAUUGCUAUGAUUUAUGUCAAAGAGUAUUCUGACUAUGUUUUCUUCUAGAUGUUUUAUGGUUUCCGGUCUUAUAUUUAGGUCAUUAAUCCAUUUUGAGUUUAUUUUUGUGUAUGGUGUGAGAAAAUGUUCUAAUUUCAUUCUUUUACAUGAAGCUGCCCAUUUUUUGAUUGGGUUGUUUGUUUUUUUGAUAUUGAGCUAUAGGAGCUCUUUGCAUAUUUUGGAGAUUAAUCCCUUGUUGGUUGCAUCAUUUGCAGAUAUUUUCUCUCAUUCUGUAGGCUGUCUUUUUGUUUUGUUUAUGUUUUCCUUGACUGUGUAAAAACUUUUAAGUUUAAUUAGGUCCAUUUUUUAAUUUUUGUUUUUAUUUCCAUUACUCUAGGAGACAGACUGAAAAAGAUAUUGCUAUAAUUUAUGUCAGUGUGUUCUGCCUGUGUUUUCCUCUAGGAGUUUUAUAGUAUCUGGUUUUACAUUUAGGUCGUUAAUCCAUUUUGAGUUUAUUUUUGAGUAUGGUGUUAGAGAAUGUUCUAAUUUCAUUAUUUUACAUGUAGCUGUCCAGUUUUCCCAGCACCACUUUUUGAAGAGACUAUCUUUUCUAUGUUAUAUAUUUUUGCUUCCUUUGUUGUAGAUUGAUUGACCAUAGGUGCCUGGGUUUAUUUCUGGGCUUUCUAUCCUGUUCCACUGCUCUACAUUUCUGCUUUUGUGCCAGUACCAUACUGUUUUGAUUACUGUAGCUUUGUAGUAUAGUAUGAAAUCAAGGAGCAUGAUUCCUCCAGCUCUGUUCUUCUUUCUCAAAAUUGUUUAUGCUAUUCCAGGUCUUUUGCGUUUCCACACAAAUUUUAAGAUUAUUUAUUCUAGUUCUGUGAAAAAUACUGUUGGUAUUUUGAUAGGGAUUACAUUGAAUCUGUAGAUUGCCUUGGAUAACAUGGUCAUUUUAACAAUAUUAUUUCUUCCAAUUCAAGAACACAGUAUAUCUUUUCAUUUGUUUGUGUUAUCUUCAAUUUCUCUCAUCAGUGUCUUAUAGUUUUCCUAGUACAGGUCUUUAACCUCCUUAGGUAGGUUUAUUCCUAGAUAUUUUAUUCUUUUUGAUGCAGUGGUAAAUGGGAGUGUUUCCUUAAUUUCUCUUUCUGAUAAUUUGUUGUUAGUGCAUAGAAAUGCAACAGAUUUCAGUAUGUUAAUUUUGUGUCCUGCAACUUUACCAAAUUCAUUGACAAGCUCUAGCAGUUUUCUAGGGGUGUCCUUAGGAUUUUCUAUGUAUAUUAUUAUGUUAUUUGCAAACAGUAACAGUUUUACUUCUUCCCUUUCAAUUUGGAUGCCCUUUAUAUGUAUUUCUUCUUGUCUGUUUGCUGUGGCUAGGACUUCCAACACUAU